GUUGUUGACAAACUUUCUUUGGAAACUUGAGGGCUUCUGCUCUUCAGUCAGUGCAGGCGUAUGCUCUCUCAAAGAUCUUAGAGUAGGAAACCUUCAAAUACUAAACAUGGGGUCAAAGCGAAUUAUCCCUUCAAGGCAUCGUUCUCUCAGCACCUAUGAAGUCAUGUUUACAGCCCUCUUUGCCAUAUUGAUGGUGCUCUGUGCUGGAUUAAUUGCAGUGUCCUGGUUGACAAUAAAUGGAUCAGAAAAAGAUGCAGCAUUUGGAAAAAGUCAUGAAGCCAGAGGGACAAUGAAAAUAACUUCUGGAGUUACAUAUAAUCCUAAUUUGCAAGACAAACUUUCAGUGGAUUUCAAAGUUCUUGCUUUUGACAUUCAGCAAAUGAUAGGUGAGAUCUUUCAAUCAAGUAAUCUUAAAAAUGAGUAUAAAAAUUCAAGAGUUCUGCAAUUUGAAAAUGGCAGUGUUAUAGUCAUAUUUGACCUUCUCUUUGCCCAGUGGGUGUCAGAUGAAAAUAUAAAAGAAGAAUUAAUUCAAGGCAUUGAAGCAAAUAAAUCCAGCCAACUAGUCACAUUCCAUAUUGAUGUGAAUAGUAUUGAUAUCACAGAGUCUUUGGAGAAUUACUCUACAAUAAGCCCUUCAACAACUUCAGACAAGCUGACAACCAGCAGUCCUCCAGCAACCCCAGGAAAUGUCUCUAUAGAGUGCCUACCUGGUUCAAGGCCAUGUGCUGAUGCGCUGAAGUGUAUAGAAGUUGUUUUAUUUUGUGAUGGAGAAUUAAACUGUCCAGAUGGUUCGGAUGAAGACAAUAAAAUUUGUGCCACAGCUUGUGAUGGAAAAUUUUUACUGACUGAAUCUUCUGGGUCCUUCGAUGCUGCCCAGUAUCCAAAGCUUUCUGAAGCAAGCGUUGUUUGCCAGUGGAUUAUACGUGUAAACCAAGGACUUUCCAUUGAACUGAACUUCAGUUAUCUUAAUACAUAUUCUAUGGAUGUAUUAAAUAUUUAUGAAGGUGUGGGUUCAAGCAAGAUUUUAAGAGCUUCUCUCUGGUUAAUGAACCCUGGAACAAUUAGGAUUUUUUCCAAUCAAGUUACUGUCACCUUUCUUAUAGAAUCUGAUGAAAAUGAUUAUAUUGGUUUUAAUGCAACAUAUACUGCAUUUAACAGCACAGAGCUUAAUAAUCAUGAGAAAAUCAACUGUAAUUUUGAAGAUGGCUUUUGCUUCUGGAUCCAGGAUCUAAAUGAUGAUAAUGAAUGGGAAAGAAUUCAGGGGACCACCUUUCCUCCCUUUACUGGACCAAAUUUUGACCACACUUUUGGCAAUGCUUCAGGAUUUUACAUUUCCACCCCAACUGGACCAGGAGGGAGACAAGAAAGAGUAGGACUUUUAAGCCUCCCUUUAGAACCCACUUUAGAACCAGUCUGCCUUAGUUUCUGGUAUUAUAUGUAUGGUGAAAACGUCUAUAAAUUAAGCAUUAAUAUCAGCAAUGACCAAAACGUGGAGAAGAUAAUUUUCCAAAAGGAAGGAAAUUAUGGAGAAAAUUGGAACUAUGGACAAGUAACAUUAAAUGAAACAGUGGAAUUUAAGGUUGCUUUUAAUGCAUUUAAAAACCAGUUUCUGAGUGAUAUAGCUUUGGAUGACAUUAGCCUAACAUAUGGGAUUUGCAAUGUGAGUCUUUAUCCAGAACCAACUUUGGUCCCAACUUCUCCGCCAGAACUUCCUACAGACUGUGGAGGACCUUUUGAACUGUGGGAGCCAAAUACAACUUUCACUUCUAUGAACUUUCCGAACAACUACCCCAAUCAGGCUUUCUGUGUUUGGAAUUUAAAUGCUCAAAAGGGAAAAAAUAUACAGCUUCAUUUUGAAGAAUUUGACUUGGAAAACAUUGCAGAUGUAGUUGAAAUCAGAGAUGGGGAAGAAGAUGACUCAUUGCUCUUGGCUGUGUACACAGGGCCUGGUCCAGUAGAAGAUGUGUUCUCAACCACCAACAGAAUGACUGUGCUUUUUAUCACUAAUGAUGCAUUGACAAAAGGGGGAUUUAAAGCAAAUUUCACAACUGGCUAUCACUUGGGGAUUCCAGAGCCCUGCAAGGAAGACAAUUUUCAGUGUGAGAAUGGAGAAUGUGUCCUGCUGGUAAAUCUCUGUGAUGGUUUUUCACACUGUAAGGAUGGUUCAGAUGAAGCACAUUGCGUGCGAUUUUUAAAUGGCACGGCAAACAACAGUGGUUUGGUGCAGUUCAGAAUCCAGAGCAUAUGGCACACAGCUUGUGCUGAGGACUGGACCACCCAGACUUCAGAUGAUGUGUGUCAGCUGCUGGGACUAGGGACUGGAAACUCAUCCAUGCCAUUCUUUUCUAGUGGAGGUGGACCAUUUGUAAAAUUAAACACAGCACCUAAUGGCAGCUUAAUACUAACAGCAAGUGAACAGUGCUUUGAGGAUUCACUGAUUUUGUUACAGUGUAACCAUAAAUUGUGUGGAAAAAAACAGGUGGCUCGAGAAGUCAGUCCAAAGAUUGUUGGAGGAAAUGAUUCCAGAGAAGGAGCCUGGCCCUGGGUUGUUGCUAUGUAUUACAAUGGCCAACUGCUCUGCGGAGCUUCCCUCGUCAGCAGGGACUGGCUGGUGUCCGCUGCCCACUGCGUCUAUGGGAGAAAUUUAGAGCCAUCUAAAUGGAAAGCAAUCCUAGGCCUUCACAUGACAUCGAAUCUGACUUCUCCACAAAUAGUAACUCGUUUGAUCGAUGAAAUUGUCAUAAACCCACAUUACAACAGACGGAGAAAGGACAGUGACAUCGCCAUGAUGCAUCUUGAAUUUAAAGUGAACUACACAGAUUACAUACAACCUAUUUGUUUACCAGAAGAAAAUCAAGUUUUUCCUCCAGGAAGAAUUUGUUCUAUUGCUGGCUGGGGGAAGGUUAUAUAUCAAGGUUCUCCUGCAGACAUACUGCAAGAAGCUGAUGUUCCCCUUCUAUCAAAUGAGAAAUGCCAACAGCAGAUGCCAGAAUAUAACAUUACUGAAAAUAUGAUGUGUGCAGGCUAUGAAGAAGGAGGGAUAGAUUCUUGUCAGGGGGAUUCAGGAGGGCCACUAAUGUGCCUUGAAAACAACAGAUGGCUCCUGGCUGGUGUGACAUCAUUUGGAUACCAGUGUGCACUGCCUAAUCGCCCAGGGGUGUACGCCCGGGUCCCGAGGUUCACAGAGUGGAUACAGAGUUUUCUCCAUUAGAGUUUCCUAAAGAAAUGAUGAAAAUCAGGCAGUUUUCCCAUUCCACUUUUAAGAAGCAUGGAAAUUGAGAGUUUUGAAAAAAAGUGUCUCUAAAAGCCUUUACUCUUACCUAUGCCACUGAAAUGCUGGGAGAAAAAACAUAUCAUACAAAGUAACUUGUAAUUUUGAUUUAUUGUCAAUGGCUGUUCUUUCAGAGACAUCAUCAUUUCCUUUGUUUCUAAUCAUUUUUAUCAUCUCUUAAAGGAAUGUUAUUUUAAAGCAUAUACUAUUAAAGUUUAAGCAAAAUUAGGAAAAGAGGUGAAAUAAACUGUUUUGCAUAAAUUAUGUUACUGUUUGAAAUAAACUACUGUAAAUAAUUCCAGCUUAGAUCCCUAUUAUCAGAAUCUCAAUUGUUUUCCUACUUUUCUAUCCAAAUGCAUUUCCAUCCAUCUUGAGCCCAUCCUUAAUAUCUUCCCCAUUUACAAAACAUGUUUAUUGUUAGCUCAGGUCACAGACGUGGACUAAAUUGAUUUCACACUCCUCUCAAGCCACAAGCAAACACAAAUCAAUAUAUCACCCUUGUAUCAAAAUAAAAGCUACAUUAACUAAUAUUG